CUACACCGGAAGCACUCUCUCUUGACCUAUCUGGGACUUGUCGUUCUUUCAUUUUCCCCUCUCCCAACCAAACGAGCUACUUCAAAGUAUUCUCAUCGGGAUGCGACAAAAUAAUCCUGACCGAAGACGAACGCAAUCAAAAACAUCAAGCUAAAAAGGAGAGAUGUGGAAAUGAGAUGAGGUGAGGAAAUCCAGGCCACGAAAAGCAACUGUAAAAAGGAAAUGAGGUGUCCCGCAGAAGUCACUAUUAAAGAGCUUCACCCUCAGAAGAGCAAUCCCCUCCACGUUAAACAGGAGGAGUCGGAGAUGCCGUACAUUAAACAGGAGGAGGAGCCAGAGACCCCCAGUAUUAAAGAAGAAGAACAGGAAGAUGAAAUCACUAAGUGUCCAAUGACUGUCAGUGUAAAGAGUGAAGAAGACGAAGGUCCAAGCAAAGAGAGUGGGGAAGCAAAACCUUCGAGCGACAGCUCAUUUCAACACCUGACAACAAAAGGAGAGGGACGAUUGACCUCUGACGGUUUGUUAGCGCCGCUCUCAGAGAGUGACGACGUUACUUCACACUCUUCUGAUUUUAAUACUGAUGAAGAAGAUAAGGAAUUUGACCAAGAUGCUUCAAAAUUCUUAAACAAGUCCUCAUUGAAAAGAAGCACGAAAGUGGUUGGGAAACCUUUUCCCUGCUCACUUUGUGAUAAAACAUUUUCUCAGAAACGUCUCUUAAAAACACACAUGCAUACACACACUGGGGAGAAGCCUUUCGCUUGCUCAUUUUGCGAUAAAAGAUUCAUCAGGACAACACAUUUAAAUGAUCACACAAGAACGCACACAGGAGAGAAGCCUUUUACCUGCUCAUUUUGCCAUAAAAGAUUCUCUCGGAAAGAACAACUAAGCCGUCACAUUAGAACACACACUGGAGAGAAGCCUUUUCAAUGCACAUCUUGUGGUAGAGCAUUCACUUUGAAGCACUGUUUAAAGAGACACACAAGGCAACACACUGGAGAGAAGCCUUUUGUCUGCACAAGUUGUGGUAAAAGAUUCAUCGCGAAAUACAUUCUUAUCAACCACACAAGAACACACACUGGAGAGAAGCCUUUUGCCUGCUCUCGCUGCGAUAAAAGAUUUUGUAAGAGCCAUGAUUUAACAAUACACACGCGUACACACACUGGAGAGAAGCCUUUUGCCUGCUCUCGCUGCGAUAAAAGAUUUUGUACGAACCAUGAUUUAAGAAGACACACGCUUACACACACCGGAGAGAAGCCUUUUGCCUGCUCUUGCUGCGAUAAAAGAUUUUGUUUCAAGCAAGCGUUAGCAAGACACACACGUACACACAUUGGAGAGAAGCCUUUUGCCUGUUCUCGUUGCUAUAAAAGGUUUUGUUCGAAGCGAGCGUUAACAAAACACACGCGUACGCACAACGGGUGAAAAGGCUUUUCUCUGCACACUUUGUGGUAAAAGAUUUACAAGUAGAUGCUGAUGGAUGCUGAUCUUUUCUUAUUGCUGUAUCAGUUAGCAUCCGCACAUCAUCUGAAACAAUCACGUAAACUCGACCUUAGUAUUCGACCACUAUUGAAAACGCACAAUAAACAGUACAAAAGAGGAUACAGUGGGGCAAAUAAGUAUUUAGUCAAACACUAAUUGUGCAAGUUUUCCCACUUGAAAAUAUUAGAGAGGCCUGUAAUU